GUUGCAGGUUGCCCGGUUGCCAGAACCGCGUUUGCACGAUGCGAAAAGUGGUGGUGAUACUAAAAUCGGAAAGUGACAAUACGGACAACUACGGAACGCUGCUCGAGAAGCACGGAUUCGUACCAGUCUUCAUACCGACGCUAGAUUUUUCCUUCAAAAAUUUGGAUGUGUUGCGGGAUCACUUACUGUCGCCUUACAAGUACUCAGGCCUUAUCUUUACCAGCCCCCGUAGCAUAACGGCCGUGCGGGAUGCGCUGCGGGGCCAGAAGCUGAAGGACGAUUGGAAAACGCUCGAAAACUACAGCGUGGGAGAAACGUCGCGCGAUCUCAUCCAACGUACGCUUGACCUCGACACAAAGGGCCACCAUUCGGGAAAUGCGAGCAAUUUGGCCGACUUUAUCAAAACCGAUUUGUACAACAAAACCGUCACGAUGCCCUUCCUUUUCCCGUGCGGAAAUCUAAAGCAGGACGUACUGCAGAACAAGCUGUCCGAGUACGGUUACUCGCUCGAUUCGGUAGAGGUGUACGAAACAGUACCACAUCGCGAUCUCGAGCGAAGUCUUGUUGCCCUCUUUCGUGGUGAGCGUGAGGAGAAAAGUGAUCGGACGAUCGAUAGUUUACUCUUUUUUAGCCCAUCCGGUAUCAAUUACUGUGCGCAGGUGUUUGAAAAGCAUCGGAUCGAUUUAACCGGCAAGCGGAUCAUUGCGAUCGGUCCAAGCACGAAGAAAGCGAUCGAAAACAAGGGCAUUACGGUGCACCGAACGGCUGAGAAACCAUCGCCCGAUUAUGUCGUGGGAGCUUUACUGCAGGAUACCUAA